AUGAAUAAAUGCGUGCUCCAAAGUUUCAGAAAGUACAAACUAUUUGACAUAAUCAAAAGGUACAAAUGCAUAAUCAAUAAUGAGCUUAAUGAGAAAAAUUUAAAAUGGAAGACAACAAACGAAUCGUACUGUGAAUAUAUACUAACUCCUGAGGAGGAAAAGGAACUAAGACGCAAUCAUUUAUUUAUUGUUUCAAAGAAUGAUAUAAAUGUAGAUGGGAAUAUAAUUCAUGAAAGCAUUAAAAAUUACAAGGGGAAUACAAACAUUUCUACUUAUUAUAAGAAAUUAAAUUCUAAUCUAAAUAAUAUAAAAAGUGCUAAUAACCUCUUUGGUGAAUUUUAUGUGAAAAUAUUAAACAGUCUGAUCCAAAAGUUUAAGGAUGUUCCUAUAGUAAAUUAUGUAUACAAUAAUAUUAUUUUGAGGUACAGAACAAAUAUUCAUGUUUUUGUUUCUCCACUAUAUGAAAGAAUAAACAAUGAAGAGCUAUUUAUUAAAUUUCAGAUAAAUAAAAACAGUGUUCGUGAAAUAGUAUAUUUUUUAUGUUUGCAUGUUUGGAUAUAUUGUGCUAGAUUAAAUAUGAUGAAUAAUCGUUAUUUAAAAAUUCUUCUAUGGGAAAUUAUAUGGGACUAUUAUAGGGCAUUACUUAUAAAAUACAAAAUUUCUGAGUUCUCCUUCAAUACUUAUUUAAUUAACCUGCAAGAAUAUUCCCUAGGAUUUUGUAUCGGAUUAGAUGAAUGUAUGGGUAAGGAAUUAUAUGCAGGAAAAAUAUGUAACCUUCUUUUUAAUCAUAUUUAUAACGAAAACAACAAGUUUAAAAACUCCACAGAGUUAAUAAAUUUAACGGUUUAUUGCAUAAGGAUGUAUCACUUUGUUUGUCAGUUGCCAGAGGAUAAUUUUAUGCAAGCUAGAUUUAUCUGGCCCGAUCUAAAAUAG